AGCAGUAAGUGUGCACCCAAAAAAACUGUGAUCGAUUUGGAGAGACAUUUCUGCUCACUUGAUGGAUGUCACCUCCACGUUCCCCUCUGAGAGGAACUCCACGGAGCCGAGCUUGUGGAUGAACAGCUCCGAGGCGAACUUCUCGCGGGGGAUCCGCGACUACGACGGGGGGAAGCAACGUUGGGAUGUGGCGACGGAGGAGGAGGGCGAGCAGCACCCCUUCCUCACCGACGCCUGGCUGGUACCCCUCUUCUUCUCCCUCAUCAUGCUGGUGGGCCUGGUAGGCAACUCUGUGGUGAUCUACGUCAUCUCCAAGCACAGGCAGAUGAGGACGGCCACCAACUUUUACAUAGCAAACCUGGCCGCCACUGACAUCAUCUUCCUGGUGUGUUGCGUCCCCUUCACGGCCACCCUCUACCCUUUGCCCGGCUGGAUCUUUGGCAACUUCAUGUGCAAAUUUGUGGCCUUCCUGCAGCAGGUGACCGUCCAAGCCACCUGCAUCACUCUGACUGCAAUGAGCGGUGACCGCUGUUACAUAACGGUGUACCCCCUGAAAUCCCUCCGCCACCGCACGCCCAGGAUGGCCAUGAUUGUCAGCGUCUGCAUUUGGAUUGGCUCUGUUAUCCUGUCCACACCGAUCCUCAUGUACCAGCGCAUCGAGGAGGGGUACUGGUAUGGUCCUAGGCAGUACUGCAUGGAGAGGUUCCCAUCCAAGACUCACGAGAGGGCCUUCAUCCUUUACCAGUUCAUCGCCGCCUACUUGCUGCCCGUCCUCACCAUUUCCUUUUGCUAUAGUCUGAUGGUAAAGAGGGUUGGCCGACCUACAGUGGAGCCGGGAGACAACAACUACCAGGUCAACCUCCUGUCUGAGAGAACCAUCAGCAUCAGAAGCAAGGUUUCCAAGAUGGUGGUGAUGAUCGUCCUGCUCUUUGCCCUGUGCUGGGGUCCCAUCCAGAUCUUUGUCCUCUUCCAGUCUUUUUACCCUGACUUCCGGGCCACGUACGCCACAUACAAGAUCAAGACGUGGGCCAACUGCAUGUCCUACGCCAACUCCUCCGUCAACCCCAUCGUUUACGGCUUUAUGGGCGCCAGCUUUCAGAAGUCCUUCCGGAAGACCUUCCCUUUCCUGUACAGGCACAAGGUCAGGGACAGCAGCAUGGCCUCGAGGACGGCCAACGCUGAGAUCAAGUUUGUCGCGGCAGAGGAAGGCAACAGCAAUGUUGCGAACUGAGGGAAUGCCAGAAGGGCGAGUUAAUGGAACAGCCGGGUCCUUUCCAACAGCUUUGAAAUUGAAAGCCAAAUGAAACCAUGUUAGUAAUGCAAAGGACACUGGGAUCAUUUGCACAAUUGUUUUCCUGCCAAAGUAGGCAGUGUUGGCACAUCUGGAACCCCAUUUAGCAACUUUGCAUUGUUUCACGGUUGACAUUUUGAAAUUAAGAAGAUCUUAAAGAGACUGAAUUAUUGACUGCUCGCCAGUUGGACAAUCGUGCCAAAUUUAAGCAUCCCCCCCCCCCCCCCCCCCCUUCCCGAUUAAGGUCAAUGUAUGCUCAAUCAUCGGACGUCUCGAAAAGAUUAUCCUCUGGAGCGGGGUGUGUUAAAAACAUAAAUACAGGAUCUACAGGUUGUGUACAAAAGUGUUUGUCUAUUGUGUCUCACAAGUCAUUCCCAACAAUAAAAAUAACAAGGAGAAGAAAUUGCAACCGCAAUCUAGUUACCAGAUAAGGUAACAGUUAAGACUCCUACAGGCCAGCGCUGACAGACAUCCGGUAUGGGAGAAGAGACUGGCAAUUAUUGGUUGAUAUCAUUCUGUGUGUGGUAUGCUGUGUUAGUUAGCUCAUGUACAUCACACACAAGAAAAACACGCUUGCGGAUUUUUGACCUUGUUUAAAAAUAAUUCAAGAUGUUAAAAACCGGUAGCCUGUGUGUGACUAAGUCCGAAGACAAGCUUUCAAAGUGACGCAUCCAAUGUGCUCCUCAAGGGGAAAUGGAUCAAAAAAGGCAUCACAAUUGCAAACCUUUUACCGUCUUUGCUGUAGCAGCAGUUCUGUCUUUGUCUUGAUCCAGUGUAAAGAACUACAGACCAAACCUUUUCAAAUGUUAAUGGCAGUUUUGGGACUCGAGUGCCUGCCCACUCAUCAAGUGUGAAAUUACACAACUUUCUGUGACUGAAAACGUCUCAGUAAGCACGCCAUUCUGAACUGCUGCCCUACUGUGACCCUACUGAGUUUUCUCUACCCCUGCCAUGGCAGCUAACCUGAGCUAAGAGCUGCCAUUUGUCAAAGCCAAAAUAUAGGCAGAACUACUGCGUUGCUGGAUGAAGAUAAACACAUUAUACAGUAUAACUUUACAUGGUAGUAGUCACUAGAAUAGCCAACACUGCAAGAUAAACGAACCGCAAAGUGACAUAGGUUUAUAACUCAGUACCACCCUCUUGAAUCCAUUGUUGUAUUCGCCGACUUUUCUAUUUUCCGACUGUCCCAUCAGGGGUCAUCCUCUAGUAUUUACUGAUACUGGUAAGGUCUAUUCAGGGGUGCUAGAAAGGAGGGUCCGUCUGGAAGUCGAAUCUCAGAUUCAGGAGGAGCAGUGCGGUUUUCGUCCUGGCCGUGAAACAGUGGACCAGCUCUACACCCUCGGCAGGGUCCUCGAGGGUGCAUGGGAGUGCACCCCCAACGGCACCCAGGACAUGCUGGAGAGACUCCGUCCUUCGGCUGGCCUGGGAACGCAUCGGGAUCCCCCCGGAAGAGCUGGAUGAAGUGGCUGGGGAGAGGGAAGUCUGGGCGACCCUGCUAAAGCUACUGCCCCAGGGACCCGACCUCGGAUAAGCGGUAGAAAAUGGAUGGAUGGAUAUUCGUUCAAUAGAGUAAUGCAUUCCAUUAUUUCUUAUGGGUAUUAAAUAUUCCACAUGUAUAGCGAAAAGCCCAUAAGUGUGUCAUUCAAACAAUUGCAAUUUUCUUUCCAUCGACCCAAUGGGUCACAGUGAUCAGUCAAUUCUGCUUUGCAACAAG